CGGGGCUGCCUCCCCUGGGGCGGUGCAAUGUGCUGCGAGAAGUGGAGCCACGUGGCCGAAAUGCUGCUCUUCCCUGAAGACCCGCGGGAGGAUUCGGCGAUCCUGUGCCUCUGCUCCAGGGCGUUCGUGGAAGAUCGAAAAUUGUGCAAUUUGGGAUUAAAAGGCUACUAUGUUAAAGGCAAUGGCAACAAUGCAGGAGACCAAGCUACAGAAGAAGAGGAAGGUGGUAAUUCCCAUGACAAUCAGGAAUCAUGUGAUAGCAAAGGCAUAGGCCUAGAUGAAAGUGAACUUGAUUCUGAGACUGAACUCAUGAGAAGUAUGGGACUGCCACUUCAAUUUGGUGGGAUGUCUGCACAUAAGAAUUUUGAGGUGUCUAUGAAUACUAGAAAUAAAGUUAAAAUAAAAAAGAAAAAGAAAAAACAUCAAAAGAAGUACUUAGAUGAAAUUAUGAAAGAAACUUGGAGACAAGAAUAUGAAGAAGAUGACCUUUUGGCUUCAGAUGAUCCGUCCUCAGUUGAACAAUGUGAGAACACCAGAACGCAUAAACUUCAAUCUGAAAAAGACGUUGAAACUGAAAACCUGUCUGUUGAAAAUACUUUAUCUUCAAAGCUAGAAGUUACAGAGAAAUGGGAAAAGUACUGGAGUGAAUAUGGUGGGAGACUGUUAUGGCAAAGCUGGGAAGAAAAACAUUCAGGUCAAACACUGUGCCCUGAACCUUGGAAUGCUCCUGAUACCAAGGAAGAAUGGGAACAACAUUACAGUCAACUUUAUUGGUAUUAUUUGGAACAAUUUCAGUAUUGGGAAGCUCAGGGUUGGACUUUUGAUGCCUCACAAAGCUGUGAUACAAGUGUGUGUGGGUCUAAAACAGAAGUUGACAAUGAGAAAGAUGAAAAUUGCAUGAAAGCAGACUUACUUUCUUUUCCACACUCAUCAGUUGCCAGCAAAAGCUCUAGUUCAAGUGAUAAAGAACAUAAUGAACUACUUGAUGGAAUUAGUAAUAUAAGUCUGAAUUCAGGGAAAGUAGAAGAGAGCCAGUUAGAGUCACCUGUAAGUUCUGAUGGACAUCAGUGGCCGAAUGAAGUUAACAACAGAAGAGAAUGCCCUGCUUCUGGCCAAAGUGAACCAUGUAAUGGAGGAACCAAGGAAAGCAACUUGUCUGGAAAUGGAAGUGCAAACCAACCAGCUCAGGAUUCACAGGAGUCAUCAGAAGCAAACACAAUCAAAGAAAGACUGCAUCCCAGCAAGAUUGACGGAGAUGAGAGUGAAGAAGAUCCGCCGGAACAUAAGCCAAGCAAACUCAAGAGGAGCCAUGAAUUGGACAUCGAUGAAAAUCCAGAUUCAGACUUUGAUGACAAUGGCUCCCUUCUAGGAUUCAACCAUGGCUCUGGGCAAAAAUACGGUGGAAUUUCACAUUUCAGUCAGAGACGGGUCAGGUAUCUGCAGAAGAAUGUGAAGUAUAAGUCCAAGUUCUUGGACAUGAGAAGACAAAUAAAUUUGAAAAAUAAACACAUUUUCUUUACUGAAGACACAGAAAAAACAUGUUUUAAGAAAAGCAAAGCUUUGAGUAAGGUAGAAAAAUUUCUAAAAUGGGUUAACGAACCAAUGGAUGAAGAGACAUCCCAGGAGUCAGUUUCUCACGAUGAUGUGCAGGAUAGUUGCACAAGCAGUGAGUCAGAAGAACAGGGAAUGUCUGUUACCAAAGGGGAUAAGCCGCUGGAGAUGAGCAAUCCCGAACCUGAAGAGGGCCAUGCCACAUCCGCAGCUGGUGAACUCGAAACAGAAAAAAACCAAGGAGACAGCACCGUAGCAGCUCUUAUAGAUGAGGGUUGUGUCGCUCAGGGUGUACCAGGCUUUCUUCAGGCAGAAGCUGAUGCAGCUAUUGCGGAUAAGGAGGAUUGUGUUGUUGAGGAUGUACCAGACUCUCUUCAGGUGGAAACUGAAGCUGAAAUUAGGAAGAAGAAGAAGAAGAAGAAGAAAAGAAAGGCGACUGCUCUGCCCCCCGAGAUAGCCGCUGUUCCAAAGCUGGCCAAGUACUGGGCCCAGAGGUACAGGCUCUUCUCCCGUUUUGAUGAUGGAAUUAAACUGGACACAGAGGGCUGGUUUUCAGUUACACCUGAGAAGAUCGCUGAACACAUUGCUGGCCGGGUCAGUCAGUCCUUCAAGUGCGACAUUAUAGUGGAUGCAUUUUGUGGAGUUGGAGGAAAUACCAUUCAAUUUGCCUUAACUGGAAAGAGAGUGAUUGCCAUUGAUAUUGAUCCUGUUAAGAUUGAUCUUGCUCGCAAUAAUGCAGAAGUUUAUGGGGUAGCAGACAAGGUAGAGUUCAUGUGUGGCGAUUUCCUGCAGCUGGCUCCUGUGUUAAGGGCUGAUGUUGUGUUCCUCAGCCCCCCGUGGGGAGGGCCAGACUACGCUACUGCAGAGACCUUUGACAUUCAGACGAUGAUGUCUCCUGAUGGCUUUGAAAUUUUCAGACUUUCUCAGAAGAUCACUAAUAAUAUUGUUUAUUUUCUUCCAAGAAAUGCUGAUGUUGACCAGGUGGCAUCCUUAGCUGGGCCUGGAGGACAAGUGGAAAUAGAACAAAACUUUCUUAAUAAUAAAUUGAAGACAAUCACUGCUUAUUUUGGGAACCUGAUUCGAAGACCAGUCUCUGAAUCAUAACUGAGAUGGUGCAAGGACAGGACAGUCAUGUGGUGGUCAGAACAUUAUUUAGAUGAGACACUUGACAUUUCUUUCUGUAUUCACUGAUCUGUUGACCCAUAGUCUUAUAUCACCAUAUAAAGUGGAAACUUAGAGAAGAUUAAUGAGUAUAAAUGACGUAGUUAGAGAUUUUUGAGUAAUAUUAACUAUGUAUAUUACACAUUAAGAGAGUGAUAUGGAAAAGGUAGAUUUUCUCAUUUGCUUAAUGUCAGCAUGUUUGUGUAUAUAUGUGCCUAUGUGUGUAUUUUUUUAAAUUUUAUAUGUUUUUGUUUAACAUCUGUGUGUGUGUG